AUGAAAGGACACACCAGGACCAAAUGGCGCAUCAUUAAGCGCCUCUUUCUAUUCUUUACCACCCUCUCAGUUAUUCCACUCACCGUACUCUACCUAAUCACCUCCGAUCAUCUGUAUCGAUUUCGUCAGUAUACGUACGGAGCUAUCAGCGGCAAUGGCUCAGCACGCCAGCAGUUGCUACAGUUCCGUGCGCCUAUUCAUCCCCCGGACGGAGCAGUUCACCAUCUCCGGCUGGUACAGCAUCGACAGCACGCACAUGACCGGCAGAAUCAUGAGCACUACCAGCGAAACGUUAAGAAUAGCACAAUCAACAGCCAGUACCGGCUGGACAUGGACUACAUGAAGCAGCGCAUGGAGCAUCGUGUCGAGCGGAUGCAGAAAAAAUGUACCGAGUACCGAUUGAACGAGUCCAAGCACAACUACAAACCGAAGGCAUGGGAAUAUCUGAUACAGCACGAGUACCAUCUCGUGUGGUGCAACGUGUUCAAGGCGGCCUCCACAUCCUGGAUGUACAACUUUAAUCUUAUGGCCGGCUAUUCACCACAGUUCCUGCGAAAGACGAAGGACGUCCCGUUGCAGCUGGCACGGCAAAAGUAUCCCAGACCAUCGGUGGAAAAGCUGCAGGAAGCCAUCAACGAGUCGAUAUCGUUCAUUAUCGUGCGACAUCCGUUCGAAAGACUGGUCAGUGCGUACAAGGACAAGAUUCAGUAUGCGCUACCCAACUCGCACCAUCACAAGCUGGGCAACCGCAUCAUACAGAAGUACAGGAAAACGGUCAAUGGGAAGCCCUCGUCGCUGCUAAAGUAUCCGACGUUUUCCGAGUUUGUCAAUUAUCUGCUGGAUGAGAUCAAACAUCCGCACUUCGAGAUCGAUAUGCACUGGGUGCCGGUGACGCACUUCUGCACGCCCUGCUUCUUCCAUUACGAUGUGAUAGCCAAGUUCGAGACGCUCGAGGAGGACCAGAACUAUCUCAUUUCGAUCGGGCACCUGGACAGCGUCAUCAAGCCGCAGUGGAAAAACGCGGGCAAGGGUGCCCACACCAACGAUAUGCUGAUGAAGUUCUUCUCGGAGCUGGACGCCGCCCAGAUCCGGGGACUGUACGAUUACUAUCGGUUCGAUUUCGAACUGUUUGGCUACAGUGCCAAGGGGUACUUUAAGGACUAG